AACCUUUGUCUUCAAAUAGCAACGAACAGUUAUUGCGAAAUUUGUUAGGAAUCAUAUUGUCGAACAAAUAUAGCUGAAGUGAUUAAACGAAAAGUUUUAGUGACCAAAUACGUAAUAUGAGCAUACGGAAGAGUUUUAUUGUUUUCACCAUUGCCUGUCUGGCUUUGGCUAAGGCAAACCCACAAAACAUCAACGCAUUACUCCCAGAACGCAGCAUCUUGAAUUUUAUGGCAAGUUCGAGUCAAACGCUACAAGAUAACCCUACCCAAUCUUUGGCAUGUUUCAACUACUAUAUUCCCCUGAUCGAUGAAGUUGCCCAGGAGUAUCAAUAUGACUUGAGCAACUGCUCUUCUAACUUCCAGAAGUCCCAACAGUCUGCCAUCGACGCUACAGUCGAUGAACGUAACCAAUUGGCGAAGACUGUAAAUGGCACCUGUGCUGUUCUGGUACAAUGCGAGAAUGAAGACACAGCCGACGAUAUCUUCCAAUGUUAUAUCAAUCAGGGACCCGUCGAAGCUAAAGCCUUGUAUGGUGUCGCCACCAAUGCUACUUCCCAAUAUGCUGCUCUCGAGGAGCUGAUUCGUCAGGCUCAGAAUAUACAAGACAUGUGUAACACACAAGCUAAAGUUAAAUACGAAAAUAAUUCUACACAAGCCUAUGCGGAAUUGAAUUCCUGCAUUUUGAAUAAUACCCCCAUUCCAUCAUCAACUGUAGCACCACCGUCAUCACCAUCAUCCUCUGCAUCAACUGAUAAUACCUCUUCAUCUGCUUCAACGGCUGCCGAAACAUCUACUGCUCCUCCUACUACCACUUCUGCAUAGUAUAAUGAGAGCAUG